AUUCGAUGUCCAUGAUUAGGGUUGGUCCAUGUUUAUGUUUUUGGAAGAUUGCAACUUGUUUCUAAUACAUAAAUGCGUUCUGUUUUUCUUGGCGUGUCAAUGAUUUUCUUACUCGUUAAAAGUAAUGUUAAAAUCGUUCAUAUUUCAAUUGGAAUUUCAUUUUGAAUAGAGUGUAUAAUGUAAUAUACCAGUUGAUUUUGUUACGAGAACAGAGGAACUAAAGUCAUCAAAACAAGUAUUGCCUGAUUAAAAACUAUACUUUACAGUGAAGAUGUGCCAAUUACUUUUCUCACUUACUUUUUAAUUUUUUAAUGGUCUGCUUUCUAGAUGACAAUAUACAGUCUUACAAGAUCUGUUUGUUGCUCUAAAACUUAACUCAAAACACAACUUUUCUUUGUUUAUCACACUAUAAAGUUAAAUAAUUCAAAAAACAUUUUAUUUACUAAGCUUUAUUGCUAUUGAGUAUUUACAAAGUUUUUUUCUCGCAAUUCAUGUCAAGAAAUUGAAAAAUCGUAGCGGAAAAAAAAUUCGAAUGUUUUUACAUCUAAAAAAGGUGCUAAAUCCCUUUAAAUACCUGAUAUAGUAUAAAAAGUCAAUAACUGAAAGUAAUUGUUAUUUUUUAUAGAGAAUAUAAAUAAAAAACAAAAUUUAAAAUAAAGAAAUAAAAAGAGAGUUGACAUAAUUAGACCGCAUGAUUUUCAAUUGAUGAAUGUUCCCAGCUGACAAUCAAAACUUGACGUUUGAGGAAUUGACAUGUAAACCACAAAGGCAAUUUCCCUCGAAAAUAUUUUUAUGCCGGCACCAAUUACAAAGACCCAAGGUCGCUCCUCACAAAUUGUUGGAAAUCAAAAUACUCUUUCGAUUUUUCCUCUCGUUUGAUUUCUCAAAAUUUUAAUUUACUAUUCACUCUCCACGUAUGAACGACUGAUUAGUUCAAAGUCGACACUGCUUCUGAUGCUACUAAGUUUAAAUCACUGUUGUAUGAAGUUGGUGUUGCUGCUUAUAAGUUGAUCUUGCUCGCUUGUGUUUCAACAUUUUAAUGCUCAGUUCGUAACUCUUAAGUUUAUCUUACUAGUUAAGAUACAAAGCAAAAAGUCUCCGAUUUAAAAAAGCAAUUUAGAAUUAUUUUUUCUGCAUUUUCAAUGGGAGAAACCAAUUUUCAUUGAAUUAACUUUCGUUUUUUUAAAAAAAAAAUUGUGGUCAUAUAAACUCUCGUGGUCAUGGGUUGCUUUCGAUUCAUGGUGGACACUAUCAAACUUUUCUUUUUGAUGGUUGCUGAUCCUUUCAUCCGAUGUUUUUGGUGCAUUUUUCCAAAACCGAAGAAAAGCAUAAAAGGGGAAAUCAUUCUCCUGACCGGUGCAGGACAUGGUCUGGGAAAAGAACUAGCCAUUAGAUUGUCUGACCUUGGUGCCGUUAUGGUUUUGUGGGACAUCAACCAGGAGAACAACGAGAACAUUGCUUCGAAACUGAGAUCUCUGGGGAGGAGUGUCUUCUCUUACAGGGUGGACGUCACAAACGAGGAAGAAGUCAUAAGGAUGGCAAACAGGGUAAAGCAAGAGGUCGGUGACGUUACCCUACUCGUCAACAACGCUGGUGUGUUUUCUGGACAACCUAUCUGCAAACUAUCGAGUCACGUGAUUAGGAGGUGUUUCGAAGUCAAUUCCUUGGCUCACUUUUGGAUGCUGCAACAGUUUCUGCCUCGCAUGCUAGAAUUGAACCGUGGUCAUAUAGUGGCAGUGGCCUCCAUGGCUGGACAUCACGGUGUUGCUAACAUGACUGACUACUGCGCAUCGAAACACGCAACCGUUGGUCUGAUGGAGUCACUGUACAUGGAACUGCAUGCAGCAAAGAAGGCCAACAUACGACUCACGACCAUCAAUCCCAUCAUCAUUACAACAGGACUCAUAUCCAAUGUCAGAACGAGGUUUCCAUGCCUGUUGCCACUGAUGCCUGUCGAAGAAACAGCAGAUGUCAUCGUGAAAAGCAUUCUGAGAGAAGAAGAAAUGGUGUUUAUACCUACGAGGAGCAAAUACUUAAACGACAUGGUUAGCUGUUUUAGAAGAAAAACUCGCUUUAAGAUUUUAGACUACACAGGGUACGGGUUCGAUCCUGUAGUGGAGAAGGAACCGACCAAGAAUGGAGCUGAAAUUGUGUGAAGUAACUUUUCGUGGUUCCAAAUUAAUUCAGGUCAACAUCAAGAUCUGAACCCUAAGAACUGAAAUAAGAUAAUCAUGUAUAAACAAAACAAAAAAAAACUUUUACAUUUUCUUUUCAUCUUUUUCCUAUUCUUUUCGUGCAAACCACGUGACGUCAAUCUCGAAGUAAAAAAUUGCUCAAUUAUUAAUCCAUAAGAAGAAAAUCUUCAUUUUUGUUACUCAAGGUUGGCCCGUUGUGAUUCUACUUGUAUUUAAAUCAAGUGUGCCAUACAUGAACUUUUUAAGACUAUUUUUACUAUAUUCUUUCUUGCCUCAAUGGCGUGACAACUCAGUGUGGGCAUUGGCCUUCUUUAGAAUUCUAUUCCAAUCUGUCUCAUCUUUAUCGGCUUUGAGAACGCUUAAGUCUCUUUCCAGACAGUCUUUGAUGACCCCUUUUCCGAACGCCUGUUGGUGUGGCUUUUUUUUCGUUGGGCAAUCAGAUUAUGUUGUGAAAUGUUGACGGAAUUUAUUAAACCCAGCUUUUGUAGAUAUUUUAUAGUAGUUCAUUAUUUGUUCUUUUUCUCCAACUACUUUCAGUUUGAAUUUGCGUUUUAAGCAUUUUCUCUCUAAAACUGCAAAUACUUCUUUCUUCUAUUUCAGCCAUCCUUUAUGUUUUAGCUUCAUAUGUUAAAACAAGUCUGAUAAAACAUUUAUAAAUAGUCAUUUUAGUUUUUUUGUCAAAAGUUAUUUUGUAAUGGUUUUCAUCUGUUAUGUUAUUUGUCUGAGUAAUAUGUAAAAUGUUGAAUUACUUCAAAUUUAUACUUCAUUAUUACAAAGAACGGAUGAUUCAAUUUUAAUUGGGUGCAUGGCAUAUAUUUAGCUUUGUUUUGGUUAAUGCUGAUUUUUUUCGUGAUGUUUUUGGUUAAGCUGGAUUUUUAUGAUAUACUUUCUACGUUUAUAAGUAAAAAUAUCGAUGAAUACAAUUUACUAUAGCUUUACACUGCUCUUUUUAUUUAAGUAAAGUAAUAAAGUGCGUAAGUUAAAAAAAAUGGAAUGUCUGCAAAACGUUAACUUUUAUAAGAAAUUUUAAAGACGAAGAUAAUUUUGGCAAUUAUCUACGGAAAUUUAAAUAAAAUACUUAGAUAUAAAACCGUAUCAAAAAGAUUUAAUUUAGUAUAAAAUAAAUUUAUAUCUGUGAUGUUUGACUUUAAAUGCAAACACAUAUAUUUAGUUAGCAUAGCUUUAAUAACUCUCUAAGUAGCUACAAUUGGUAAAAGAAAUAAUUGAAGUAAAACAACUUUUUAAUAAAGUUAAAAAGUCGAAUUUAGUUUAUUGCGGUUGCCAGAAGUAUCAGAUAUCUUGAACUCAAAUAUUUAAUAAAUGGAAUCAAUAUUGCAGCAACAUUUAUCUAAGCAAUAGGAAUACUGUAAAACGUGGAUUUUUAAUAGCUUUAAUUUAUUUCAAAAUAUAGCUUUAAGAUAAAAAGAGCCUAAUUUAGUUAAAUUGAGAAGAGAAAUAGCAUUGUAAAUAUUGAACAAUAAUAACGUUAUUUUUCUGUGUAUAUUUCAUUCGACGAUACAGAAUUCGUAUAGUUUCUCUCAACUCUAACGCUAUUUCAGUUCACAGCGCAUGUGCGAAAUUUUUUCAUGUUAUUACAGUUCCAUUAUUAAGGGGCAGAAAAUAAAUCUAUCGAUACAGAAAAAUUUCGCGCAUGUGCUGUGAAGCUCAAAUAGUGUAAUUGAGAAAUCGUGACGUCGUGCAAAAUCUCUCUUAUGAUCGGAUUGAGAAUUUGUGUUUACAUGCAGAUAACUUUAGUAUUCAAAUAAAAAGUUUCCACAGUUAUAAUGAAGAUCUGGAGCUCAAAAAUUGAAUAGAUUCAAUGCUCCACUGUCAGCAAUAUUUUUUUAAAGUACCAUGUACAAAAAAGGACCACCUUUUGAAAAACUUUUGAUCUAAUAAUUGAAUCUUCACGUUCUUGGGCUCAAUCUUUAUGGUUCGAAGUGUAGAGCUCAAAUAGGGUAAUUAAUUGGUGCAGACUUUUUAUUUUAAGUUACGAAAAUCAGACACAAAAGUGUACUUUCUCUGAAUAAAUAUACCUUUUUUUUGUCGGAUUCGAAUUUUCGAUCACCAAAAUAUUGGGGGAAGUCACAAUCUGGGAAAUGUGUUCCUAAUAAUUUAGACGAAGUUCGGAUCCUUGAAAGUUAAUCUUACUUUUUGCUUUUUUUGCCACGUCCCCAAAACUUGUUAAACGAAUUGAAAAGUUUUCGCACACAAUUAUAAAAUUCGUUUAUCCAAAGAUAAUUCCACG